GAGAGAGAUACAAAGAUAGCAAAUCCCAUAAACACUGUGGCUCGAUAAUGUUCUUCACUGAUUGGGGUUUGUGAAUUUUUGCAGGAUUGGGCAAUAAAGAAAAAAAAAAGAUUGAGAUCUAAAGGCAAAGAAUCUCAACUCUUGUGUCAUUUCAUUUCACUGGUUUUUUUUCUGUUGCUUUUUAUUGAUGGUUCAUUUUCUUGCUUGCUUUCCAUUAGGGUUUGGAUGGAUGUGGGCAAUUCUUAGGUGAAAAUAUAUAUGGGGGAUUUUGGGUGUCCCUUCAAUCACAAUUAUUGGUGUUUCAAUCACAGCCCCAAGAUGAUUGAAAAUUCCUAUUUGAUCUGAAAUAGAAUUGGAAAUGCAAAUGGAAGCAUGUGUGUGUGUUUAGUACAAAAAGAAAAGUGAGUGUAGUCAUGUGGCAAAUAGUGGAAGCCAUCCUCAGAUUGAAAAGAACCCUCUUUGCAGAUCUUGCUCAGUGCCCAUUUCUGGAAUCUUCUUGAUCAUCUCAUCUCUUCUUCAAAUUUGACUAUGGGGAGGAAAAGAAAGUGAAGGGAAAGGUUCGUAUGUUUUAUUAUUAGAGCCCUUGAGAGAGAAACAGAAAAAGAGAGAGAGAGAGAGAGAGAGGGUCCUCGUCAAAGGGUGAAAAUUGUGCAUGUUCUUUUAGAGGAGCAGUGAGAAAGUCAGCCAGAGCAGAACAUGGUUUUCAUAACAUGGGUUGGGGUUGGGGUUGGGGGUGGGGUGGGGGGUGCCUAAUAAUGCACACACCUAAUAUCUAAUAUCUCCUCUCUUCUCUUCUUGUAGGCACACAUUUUGUUUAAGUAGGGGGAUUGAUUAGUGUUGGAUUUCUUGAAUUAUUUCUUUGUGAAGAGGAAAAGGUGAAGGUUGUGUGUGUUUUUGAUCUUUGGUGGGCUAAUGAGUAGAGAGUUGAAGAAAGGGGGUGGGGGUGGGGGGUGUGAUGGGGUUCCUGAGAAAGUUGUGGUGGCUGUCAAGGCUUCAAAGGAGAUUCCCAAGACUGCCCUUGUUUGGGCACUCACCCAUGUUGUCCAGCCUGGUGAUUGCAUUACACUUCUUGUUGUCAUCUCUUCUCACUCCUCAGGAAGGAAGUUGUGGGGCUUCCCUAGGUUCGCCGGAGACUGUGCCAGCGGUCACCGGAAGUCAAAUUCCGGCACCGCCGCCGAUCAAAAAUCCGACAUAACAGAUUCUUGCUCACAGAUGAUCCUUCAGCUACACGACGUUUAUGAUCCUAACAAAAUCAACGUCAAGAUCAAGAUCAUCUCCGGGAAUCCUGGUGGCGCAGUCGCGGCCGAGGCGAAGAGAAACCACGCGAAUUGGGUUGUCUUGGACAAGCAGCUUAAGCAGGAAGAGAAACGAUGCAUGGAGGAGCUGCAAUGCAACAUCGUCGUAAUGAAGCGCGCGCAGCCGAAGGUUCUUCGACUGAACUUACUCGGUUCGCCUAGAAAGGAUCCGGAAUCAUCGAAUUCAGACAGCAACAAAUCGACCAAGAACGUCGACGAGCAGAAGGAUUGUAAGAACCCGACGCGCGGCCCUCUCGUCACUCCUUCGAGCAGUCCUGAGACAUUCACCGCCACAGAAGCUGGGACAUUUUCAGUUUCAAGCUCUGACCCUGGAACGUCGCCGUUCGAUAUCAAGGAAGGCGCGAAGAAGGAGAAGCUAAUACCGACGAAACAGGAUCGAGAAGACGUAAACGAAUCGAGUUCCGAUUCGGACGGUGAAAGCUUGUCAUCUUCGUCGAGCUUGAGGUUUCAGCCAUGGAUGGCAGAGAUCGUUUCUUCACACCGUCAAUCGUCGGAGCAUCCCGCAGAGAGCUCGGGUCGAUCAAACCCUGCACACAGACAAAAGGGUUUGUUAGAAAACCUCGCAAAACUCGAAAACGACGUCGGGUACCCAUCCCCGAGCUACCAGUCGAAUCAAGACUUCAGUGGCAGUUUGCGGGAAGUAAUUUCCCUGUCGAGAACGGCCCCUCCCGGCCCCCCUCCGUUGUGUUCGAUAUGUCAACAUAAGGCGCCGGUAUUCGGGAAGCCGCCGAGGUGGUUCACGUACGCCGAGCUCGAGCUAGCGACGGGAUUCUUUUCGCGGGCGAACUUCUUAGCCGAAGGCGGAUACGGAUCGGUGCACCGAGGAGUCCUCCCGGACGGGCAGACGAUCGCGGUGAAGCAGCACAAGUUGGCGAGUUCGCAAGGCGAUCAAGAAUUCUGCUCCGAGGUCGAAGUCUUGAGCUGCGCGCAGCACCGGAAUGUGGUUAUGUUGAUCGGAUACUGCAUCGAGGGCGGCAGAAGAUUGUUAGUUUAUGAAUACAUCUGCAACGGAUCGCUUGAUUCUCAUCUCUACGGACACCAUCGAGACGUGCUCGUCUGGGCUGCACGGCACAAGAUUGCAACGGGAGCUGCCCGGGGAUUGCGGUAUCUUCACGAAGAGUGCAGAGUGGGUUGCAUCGUCCAUCGCGAUAUGCGGCCUAACAACAUUCUCAUCACACAUGAUUUCGAACCACUGGUGGGAGACUUCGGGCUAGCUCGGUGGCAACCCGACGGAGAGACGGGAGUCGUAACGAGAGUAAUCGGGACAUUCGGGUACCUGGCGCCCGAGUAUGCAGCGAGCGGGCAGAUCACGGAGAAGGCGGAUGUCUACUCUUUCGGCGUUGUGUUAGUAGAGCUCGUUACAGGCCGUAAAGCUGUGGACAUUAACAGGCCGAAGGGGCAGCAGUGCCUAACAGAAUGGGCGAGGCCAUUACUGGAAGCUUAUGCCACCGACGAACUGGUGGAUCCGAGGUUGGGGGGCAACUACUCGGAGCACGAGGUGUACAACAUGCUGCGAGCUGCAGCGUUGUGCAUACGCCGGGAUCCUCAAUUAAGGCCCCGUAUGUCUCAGGUGCUACGGAUACUUGAAGGUGAGACGGCAGAUUUGAGCCAGCUGUCUGUGUCUGGAUUUGACGCUGGGAGCCAAAGUGGAAGAAUCUGUUCGGAUCACUAUCUGCAAAAUGAGCAACACGACAUUCCUGUAGUAUGUAGUUCAAGGUUUUCGAUCAACAGGAGAUCGAACUACACGGAGACGGACAAAUCCAGUCGAGAUUAAGAUAUGAAAUGAAGCUGUGUAAAAUGCUUACUCUAGUCAAGUUUCCAUAAAUUUCUUUCGGUGUGUAGCACCGGCGGCAUUUUGAUUUUUGUGAACUAAGAAAUGAAACUGAUAACCAAUUCGAUUAAAAUGAGAAGUAUAUGCAUCAGUUUCUUCA